AUUCAACUUGACCGAUCUUCCUUAUUUUUGGUAAAAUGGUAAUACUCACAGGAAUAGAAACCAACUGAUUGUUAGACAGAUCCAAAUGCGAGGCUUUCUUAAUCGUCGCCUGAAAUGAAAUGUUCAUACAUUAUCAAUCCCAAAAUUUCGUUAACAUAAAAUGCUCCGAAAUCCAUCUGGUUACUCACAAUUUCCUUAAUAGGGACCUCUUUAAGGUCGCACCAGCUCAGAUCAAGGGUCUCGUCCUCCAGCUUAUCCUUAACUUUGAUCUUGACCGUCAUUUUCACUCCACUAAAGAAAAAUAUAGAAAAAAAAUCGAAAAUUCUAGAUCAAUGGCCCCGAAAUCAUCAACAACUCCAAAACUUCAACGAAUGGAUUUAACCGGCAAAGUGAUAACCUUGAUGCCCACGUAAGCAGAAUGCUGCAGGCAGUUUCUCAUGUAUCGACACUCAAUACAAAAGCGAAAGAGAAACACAAAAUAAACCAGACAAACAGCCUGUCAUCAUCAUAAUCACCGGCGAAAUAUUGCUGUUAGCGUCAAUUCACUCAUUUGCAGAUAAUUACGAGGAGAACUUGAACAAUUGGAAUUCAAGCUCCGCCUUCGCGAUAGCAAUUGAUAAGAUUAAUUAGUCAUUUAUUCACUGUAGUGCCAACGCCUCCGCUUUUAAACUCAUUUUUCCAGUUGAUCUUCAAUAAUUCAACGCUCAAGGUUUUCAAGAACGGAACAGAACAGGAUCAUGGCGUCAGAAGUGCCUGCAGUAUUGCAAAAACUUUAUGGCUACAUAGACCAACAUAAGAAGGAAUACAUCGACAAUCUCCGUGAGGCAGUAGCCAUAAAGUCGGUGUCAUCAUGGCCAGACUCUCGUGGCAACUGCAUAAAGAUGAUGGAGUGGAUGGAGGUGAAGAUGAAGGAGCUUGGAGCGCAGACAGAACUAGCUCCAAUCGGCAAUGAGACAUUUCUGGACGGCAGAAUCCUCCCCCUGCCCCCAGUUCUCCUCGCCUCACUCCCCAAGGAUCCAAAGAAGAAGACAGUGCUGAUCUAUGGACACCUGGACGUCCAGCCAGCUUUGAUCGAGGAUGGUUGGGACACUGAGCCCUUCACUCUCGUCGAAAAGGACGAUAAGCUGUUCGGGCGAGGCAGCACUGACGACAAGGGUCCAGUGCUCUGCUGGCUGCACGCACUCCAAGGGUACAAGGCCAUUGGCGAGGAGUUCCCAGUGAACCUGAAGUUCAUUUUCGAGGGAAUGGAGGAGUGUGGGUCUGAGGGGCUCGACACACUCCUCUGGGAGAGGAAGGAUUCCUUCUUGACUGACAUUGAUUACGUCUGCAUCUCUGACAACUACUGGCUGGGCACCACUAAGCCCUGCAUCACUUAUGGCCUUCGCGGAUUGACUUACUUCCACGUUGAGGUCAGCUGUGCCAAGGCCGAUUUACACAGUGGAUCCUUCGGGGGGUGCGUGCACGAGGGCAUGAGCGAUCUCAUCUAUCUGCUCAAUACUUUGGUCGAUGUCAAUGGAAAGAUCCAGGUCGAGGGGAUCUACGAUUCUGUUGCCAAACUGACUGAUGAAGAGCUCGACAGCUACAAAGAUAUCGAGUUCGAUGUCAAAGAGUUCAAGAAGUCAGUCGGUGCGAAUAGACUAGCUCACAACGAAGACAAGACCCAGUUGCUGAUGCAUCGUUGGAGGCAGCCCAGUCUCUCCAUUCAUGGAAUUGAGGGUGCCUUCAGCGAACCCGGGGCCAAGACUGUGAUACCGAGAAAGGUCAUCGGAAAGUUCUCGAUCAGAAUUGUUCCUGAUAUGAAGGUUGAAGAUGUUGAGGCCAAGGUAAAGGCACAUCUUGAGAGGGAGUGGAAGAAGAGGGGGAGUCCGAAUAGUAUGAAGAUUGUCAUGGGACAUGCGGGGAGACCCUGGACUGAGAACCCAGAUCAUCCACAUUAUGUCGCUGCCAGGAAGGCUACCAAGUACGUUUAUGGGGUUGAUCCUGAUUUGUCGAGGGAGGGAGGCUCCAUUCCUGUUACACUGACCUUCCAGGAGGUCACUGGGAAAAAUGUACUGCUGUUGCCAGUUGGCUGUGGAGAUGAUGGAGCACAUUCCCAGAAUGAGAAGCUCAAUAUUCGGAAUUAUAUUCAGGGUACCAAAUUGCUGGGUUCCUAUCUCUACGAAGUCUCUCGCCUGUGAAACGAUGACGUACUAUAAUGAGGAUUACGGAGGAUGUUGAGAGUUUGAAAGAUGAGAAAUAUAUUUUACACUUUUGUUAAUGUUCAUUCAUAAAACUGGCUUACAUAUAAAAGAAGAUUAGUCUCGAAGACGCCUUUAAUAAAAAAAAUAUGAAGAAAAUGUUGUGAUAUGUUUA